GGGAAUUCUAUGAAGCUACCUCUUUGGUACAGUAAGGAAACCAAUAAUACAGGAAGAAGGAGCAAUCUUUUCAAGGUGAUGAUCUUGUUCAAUUCUUGACAUCACUUACAAAGAAGAAAGGAACCAAGAAGAGCCAAAUAUCUGUAUUGCAGUUCUUCACCCAAGCCACUGUUGACAUGAAGGGGAAAGCAUUUAAAUGCCUUGAGUGUGGAAAGAGUUUUAUUCAUAAGCAUCGUCUCCAGAAUCAUGAAAGGACUCACACUGGGGAGAAACCCUAUAAAUGCCUGGAGUGUGGAAAGAGUUUCCGACGGAAGUAUCUACUGCAGGAACAUAAAGGUACUCACACUGGGGAGAAGCCGUAUGAAUGCCUACAGUGUGGAAAGAGCUUCACUUAUUCUUCAGGUCUACAUUCUCAUAAAAAAACUCACACUGGGGAGAAGCCCUAUGAAUGCUUGAAGUGUAGAAAGAGUUUCUAUAAGAGGGAACAUCUCCAGAAUCAUGAAAGGACUCACACUGGGGAGAAACCCUAUAGAUGCAUGGAGUGUGGAAAGGGUUUUGCUCUGAGAGAAUCUCUAAAGAAACAUGAAAUGAUUCACACCGGGGAGAAACCCUAUAAAUGCCUAGAAUGCGGCAAGAGCUUCACUCAGAAUUCAGGACUACGUACGCAUCAAAGGACUCACACUGGAGAGAAACCCUACACAUGCCUCGAGUGUGGGAAGAGUUUCACUCAGAGUGCAAAUCUAUAUUUACAUCAAAGGACUCACACUGGAGAGAAACCCUACACAUGCCUGGAGUGUGGGAAGAGUUUCACUCAGAGUGCAAAUCUAUAUUUACAUCAAAGGACUCACACUGGAGAGAAACCCUACACGUGCAUGGAGUGUGGGAAGAGUUUCACUCAGAGUGCAAAUCUAUAUUUACAUCAAAGAACUCAUAAUAUGGAGAAACCUUAUACGUGCCUGGAAUAUGGACAGAGCUUCAAUCAGCGUUCAGGUCUACUUUCACAUCAAAUGAAUCACACUGGGGAGAAACCGUAUAAAUGCCUGGAAUGUGGAAAAAGCUUCAAUCGGCGUUUAAGUCUAUGUUCACAUCAAAGGACACAUACUGGGGAGAAACCCUAUACUUGUCUGGAGUGUGGAAAGAGCUUCUCUCAUAAUUCAGUUCUACAUAAUCAUCAAAGAAUCCACACUGGGGAGAAACCUUAUAAAUGCUUUGAGUGUGGAAAGAGCUUCACCCAUAAUUCAGGUCUACGUAAUCAUCAAAGGACCCACACUGGGGAGAAGCCGUAUAAAUGCCUGGAGUGUGGAAAGAGCUUCACUCAGAGUUCAGGUCUACGUUUACACCAAAAGACACACUGGGGAUAAUUUAUUUAUUUAUUUAUUUCAAGGUUUUAUAUACCGACCCUCUCACCUUCAAAGAGGGAUUCGGACUGGUUCACAACAUGUGUUAACAUACAAAAAUAUACAAUAACAACACAAUGCAAUCAUUACACGAUUAAAAUAUAAGCACCAUAAACAUUAAAACAU